CGGCCUUAUCCGAGCUGGGAAAUAUGGCGAGGUGCCGCUCACGUACCGCGUCUCACUCACGCGAGCGGAGGCGGUUGCCGACGCACAGAGACGACACCCGCGACACCCGCCAGCCCUGGACCCACCGACUCACGACUACACGGCACCACCGGCACUCCAGUGCUGCUGCCACAGCACGAGCACCACCCGCACUGCGCUACUACGACGGCACUCGUGUUAUUGUGCCAUUAGUAAAACAGCCGAAGCAGCAAUACCCCCAGCACCGUUAUUUCAUUGCCACGAGCGCAAGCACCCAAUACUGCAGCAGUACAGUGCUAACCAGUAGUAUACUGCAUGUUCUGCGGAAUAUUACCAUCGCAAUACGACAUUGCCCACGUCUGUAUUAUAGCACGGAGCCAUGUGGACCUUCCUGGGACUCGCCACCUUCACGUACUUCUACAAGAAGGGCGAGGGGCUGCAGGGGCUCGGCUACGUGGGGCUCGCCGGACUGUCGCUGCUCAUCCUCCUGAUGCUUUGGUCGCGGCGCUGGGGCCGCGGGUCUCGCCACGGCCUCCUGGCCGCGCUGCCUGCGUCUGGGGUCCGCCGCCUCCUCGCGGGACUCCGCCGACAGAAGCAGCCGCAGCAGCAGCCGCAUCGCGAGAGGACGCGAACCGGAAGAGAGGAAGAUAAAGACGAUGAGUGCGGCCAUCAGGGCGUGGAGCCGGCAGUGAACGGCGCGGGCCUGCGUGGGCCCCACGCGCAGCUAGGCGAUGAGGAGGAGGUGCUGAUCGUGGGCUCCGGCGUGCUGGGCUCCGCGCUGGCCGCUGUGUUGGCUCGUGACGGCCGUCGCGUCACGGUGCUGGAGCGUGACUUGCGCGAGCCCGACCGCAUCGUGGGGGAGCUGCUGCAGCCCGGGGGCUACCGCGUGCUACGAGACCUCGGCCUGCAGGACUCGGUGGAGGGGAUGGAUGCGCACGUGGUGCAGGGCUACGUGGUGCACGACCGCGAGAGCGGCUGUGAGGUGCAGAUCCCCUACCCAGCACUGCAGGGUAACUGCAUCCAGAGCGGUCGGGCCUUCCACCACGGCCGCUUCAUCAUGGGCCUGCGCCGAGCCGCCAUGGCGCACCCCAAUGUGCGCUAUGUGGAGGGCACUGUGGUGCAGCUGCUGGAGGAGGGCGACCGUGUGGUGGGCGUGCAGUACCGCCCCAAGGACAGCCAGCAAGUGAUGGAAUUGUACGCUCCACUGACGGUGGUGGCCGAUGGCUGCUUCUCUAAGUUCCGCAAAAAUCUCAUCAAGGCCUCGGCCUCCGUCUCAUCGCACUUCGUUGGCUGCAUCAUGAAGGACUGCCGGCAGUUCCGUGCUCACCACGCAGAGCUGGUCCUGGCUGAGCCCAGCCCGGUGCUCAUUUACCAGAUCUCGUCGACGGAGACGCGUGUGCUGGUGGACAUCCGCGGGCAGCUCCCCCGGGACAUGCGCCAAUACAUGGCGGAGCACAUCGCACCGCAGCUACCCGAACACAUUCAAGCACCGUUUCUGGACGCUCUGCAGAACGACCGCUUGAGAACCAUGCCCGCUAGCUUCCUUCCACCCUCUCCUGUCCACAAAUCCGGAGUGCUGUUGCUGGGCGACGCAUACAACAUGCGGCACCCACUCACGGGCGGUGGCAUGAGCGUCGUGCUCAACGACGUACUUAUCUGGAGAGAGCUGCUGCGGGGAAUCCCCGACCUGUGGGACGACGGCGCUAUGCUGCGAGCCAAGAAGGAGUUCCACUGGGUCCGCAAGAAGACCCACUCGUUCGUGGUGAACGUCCUGGCCCAGGCGCUGUACGAGCUAUUCGCUGCCACCGACGAAUCGCUAAGACAGCUGCGGCGGGCGUGCUUCCACUACUUCCGCCUGGGCGGGGAGUGCGUGUCGGGGCCAGUGGGCCUCCUCUCCGUCCUGAAUCCCAGCCCCUUGAAGCUGAUCGGACACUUCUUUGCGGUGGCGCUGUACGCGAUAUACAUGGCGUUCCACUCGGAGCGCUGGUACACCAAGCCGCGCGCCAUCCUUACCAGCGCGGCGGUACUGUUCCGCGCUUUGGGCGUCAUCGUCCCUCUCGUGUGGUCCGAACUGCAGUACUUGCUCUACUGAGAGACACACACAGGGCCUGGGGGCACGGUGGUGUAUAUAGACUGGCAUUUUGAGGACACUGUCGUUAGGGCAGCAAUGUGGCGCAGCGAUGACACUUGUGCCUCACGACGAGAAGGGCCGGGGUUCGAUUUCAGACUCGGGGCACCUUUCUGUGUGGUGUUUGUCCCAUUUGAUAAACAUCCCAAUGUUAAAAAAAAUACUUAAAAUUUUCUCAAUUUCUUACCUAUGAAAAAUGUCCAGGAUUGUUCUAAAAAACAAGUAUUUUGACUCGGUGAGGGUUUUCUGGGUGAACAACCGCAAUAAUAAAGUAACAUGUGUCAGUUAGGUUGCAUGGAAUUAUGUAAAAUAUGCACAGUGCUUUCAGCACACAACAGGGCAUUUGAAGACUGAAUAGUCGAUAUUUUUCUUAAGUUUUGUGGUUGUAAAAAAGCUGCAUAGCAACUGUACCAGUCUCACCUCAUUAUUGAGAAUCCUCACCACAUUAUGGCCCUGCUGCCAUAGCUGCUGAAAAUUGUGCCUAGGAUUGUUAAAAUAAACGGUCGUCGAUGAGCUGUGAAUCCGCCAAAGAGUAUUUGCACAGAUUCAAAACUUCAGCACUUAUUAGUUUGGUACAUUGUGCGGUUUCUUUACAUGAUGACAACUCUCCCAAGCGGCCAGUUAUAUUAGAUUUUGAAAGUCUACCCAAGCGAAAUGAAACGUGCGUACAUACCUGAACCCUAUUGUCGAUCCGCCACUUGGGGAGGACUACGUCAUGGCGUGUGGGUUCGAGGUCAUUAUUUACACGUCCUGUACGGAGUCGGUGCAGGUUAGUGUAUAGACACUCAUUAAUUGGCUGAGAACAUCUUAAAAUAAAAACCCAAAGCAAUGCCCUCCUGAAAAAGAGUCCUAAGACUCCGUGUGGCUUCCUGGAUAAAUAAGUAAAUUGGUGAAGGUAGCCUGUGACCGCCUGGCGUGCCUGGUGGUCUCUCAUCCAAGCACUAUGCAGGCAAUAACCUGCGUAGUUCCGAGAUCCAUAGUUAACAUUGGCAUGUAACAUCAAAGGGUGAACUGCCUCGUAUCUUGCAAGUUCAUUGAUAAAACCGUCAUGAGAGUACAUUUGAGGAAAGUACUGUACAUAUAAAUUGUAUGUAUUGUACUUAGUAUUUAAAAGGCCUGCAUGGGUUCCCGCAAACAGCACUCACCCCAAGUUGUUCUGCAUCUGUGUACCAGCCUUUUUGCGUCUUUCUUUAUCUCCCUUUGUCUUUGCAUCUCCCACUCACCGUUUCUUGCAAGCUGCAGCUCGGAGAGAGAAAGAGAUGCGUUUUGUAGUGAUUCAAAUGUGUAGCCUGCAAUUAAGCCUGCAACGUAAGCUAUACAGGACAUCCUUAUUUUUCAAAUUUGAAUUGUUUUAAAGAAGUUUUCACAAACGGUUAACUGGAGCCAAACCUUUAUAGUCCAUGUUUAACCAAUUGGGCUGUAACCGAUUGAAAAGCUUUUUGGUGCACCGCAUUGCUCCCAAGAACCAACCAGUUCGGCUCCCUGUUUGUGAGCAUCAUGGCUGUUACAAUUUGAUCCUGCUGGCCAAUGUGAGGUGAAGAUGGGGAGCAUAGACAUUGGAGUGUACUACAUUUCAGCGUAUUUUACCACACUGUCCCUCUGCUGCCCUCACCGAGAGCCGCGUGGUUUGGAGUGUCCUCGUUCUGCUUGUACACAACAUCUGGUUUGGUUAACUUGAGUGGGUAACAUCUUGUAAAAGCUGGGCUCCUAUGAGCAUAAGCUAAUUGAAAUGAAUGCUGCUAUUCACUAUUAAACUGUUUUAAUAGCCUGCUUGUAACAAAAAACAUCUGCAGGCCAUAUACAUUGUCUAAUCCAAGAGUCUGCUGUGGGUAAUUCACUUCAAUCACAACUCGUGAAGUGGUAUUCUACCAACUGGAGGAACUGUACAGGGUGGUCCAGAUGUCUUGUGACCACCAAUUAAUUGACCCCUAACAUUGUUUUCCUUUGCAUAUUCAUUUCUAUACUCUUUGGUUCUUUCGGUAAAGUCACGUAGGUAGAAAAAUAAAAUAAAACAAAAAAUAAUAUAUCACGACGUUUCGAUCGCAACACAAGCGGUCGUCCUCAGGCGGAAAAAAUCAUCCAGCAGUAGAACUGCUGUUUUAAGUAAACCUUGAAAAAUAUUACGUUUUAGAUAAUUAAAUGGGGGUCACAAAACAUCUGGACCACCAUAUCCAUUGAGAUUUAAUGUGUCCAGAAUAUUGUCAUGUAUCAGCGAUGAUCCAUCCACUGCUGGCUGAAGGACUGGCCAAGCCCCCAUCAGUGUAUAUAAAUUGGUAAAAGAAAAAAAAACUGAGUUCAUGGCACCAACAAUCCGAAUGUGGCACUCUGUGGAUUGUCCCACGGAUGUGUACGUAGUGUAUCAUAAAUAUUUCUAUAAUUUUGAGGAGCAAACUGGUUCCACACUGUAAUUAUGCCUCAUGACUUUUUCAAUGACUCAUGGUCAUGAAAGAGUUGCUGUGGUUCUAAAGUGCUCUCGAGUAACGGGCCAAACGCUCGGACAUUCGUGGCACAGGAGAACACUUGAGCAGCGGUAAACUCACAUUUACAGAGGCAUUAAAAUGUCUGCUUUGAGCAAAGCUGUCGUUGUGAAGACUGCGCUUGUGUCAGGUGGACACACGGACCGAAUUGCAGCCACAAGAGCUCAAAUUAGUGAGGUCCUGUGAGCAUGUUUGGGUGGAUUGUACAUAUCUAUAUACGUUGUGCAUUGUCAUUUAAAUAAAACGUAUCUUCAUUUGCUUUCUUGAA